CUCGUCGCCAAGCAGCCGCCCAAGACGUUCAGAGUCUACUACACCACAGUGUACAAAAGCCUCUUCACCAACCACGUUGCAACCGACCCCGCACAUCCCCUCUACGAGACGCAGCGCCGCAGACAAGCCGAGAAGAAGAAGGAGGGACUAUGGUGGCAUGCCACAGCGGGCGCUGACUCGGCCAAGUCUAGUUGUAUAAGAACAUGGGCUAGACGGCGGCUACGCAAUGCUGUAGUCGACGAACUCAAGGCCCGCGGAUACGACGAGACUGGCAAGUUCGCCAAACCCAAGGAUGUGCCGCAACGGGCAGAUUUGAUGGCCAGGGUAGGCGCAGGUCGGACACUAGAUCUGAAGGGAAGCUUGAGAUUACAUGUACAACCCCCUCUGAUCCCUGCCAAAUACCUAGACAUACGUGCAGAGGCUGGGGCUCUCAUUGAUGCUCUC